GGCCCAGCACCCUCACACCAAGGCUUUGUUGUCUUCAAGCAGUAGCUGAAGAGGAAGAAGCUUCUGAGAACCAUGAUGUCCCUGGGUGUCAGUAAAGGAGGUGUCAUUCCUCCCACGGAUGAAGAUCGCAGGAGGAUCAUCAAGCAGAUGAAGGUUCGCACCACCCUGAAAGGAGAUAAGAGCUGGAUCCACCACCACAACUCGGACUCUGAGGAUGAGAAGAGCAGCCCACUGGCUGGACGGGCUGGUGGAGGAUCCCCAGCCUCCAAACCCCCUGCUCCCCAGAGCAACAGGUCUCCUGCCUCUAAGCCUCCAUCCGGUUACCUCAUCAGAGGGGUGUUCACAAAGACCAUCGAUAAGACUUCUUCUGGGCCAGAUUCUUCAUCUUCAAAUGGAGCACAGAAAAGCACUGCCACAAAGGGUCCCAGUGUGGGACGUUCUUCUGGCUACAGGAUGACCACUGAGGACUACAAGAAACUAGCUCCAUAUAACGUCAAGCAAAAAUCAGUGGACUUGGCUGAGGAGGACCUGCCCUUCACUCCAGAUGAACACAAAAAGAGGACAGAGGCAGCCAACAGUGUGCUGAGGAGCACUGCCAGCAGGGAACGUGCCUAUGUCCUCUCGGCAGCCAAGAAGAGCAAUGGAAGCCCAACACAAGAAUUUCCACCUUUGUUUGCCAAGAGGAUUGAGAUCGAAGAAGAGGAAAGCCAGCAGAGGAGAAGCCCAACUGUGUCUGAUUCAUGCAGGUUACCACCAGAUGACAGCAGUACUAAUGGACUAAGAAAAACCCCAGCUGGGUCCUCCUGGAAUGAGCCAAAGUCCCCAGCAGUGUCUCCUUCCAGCCCUGACACAGGCAGUAAGAGUCAAACCAUCACAUCCUUUACUGAAACUACAGAGACAAUCUCCAUUUCUACUGGAAUCAGAAAUGGUGAGAACAGGCAGGCCCCUGACGGGAAGCCCUCCUCUGAAGUGGUGUCACAGCAUGGAGCUGGUUAUCCCAAGCACACAGAAGCCAGCAAUGGAUUUCACCUCCCAAAGUCAAGCUUGCAGCCUGAUGUCCCUUCUCCUCCUACUGAAAGAGCUCCUCUGCACCUAGAGGACACAGAAUAUUCCUUCAGAAGGUCUGUCCUGGGCUAUGAGGAGAGAAGCAGCAGGCAGGAGAGCAGAUACACGAGUACUGAGGUCCCACCAUACAGCAAGCCCUACUGGAAUGAAGCAAGGUCUUCCCAAGAUUUCAAAGAGGGAAACACUCCUAAGGAAGAGGGACAUGAGAGCACAGAGGCUUCAGCUGGCUACAAACCAGAGGUGGUCCAUGAGGGGUUUUUGGACUCAAAGAACCACACUGAGAAGGGACAAGAAUCUUCUAACCAUGAUGCCCACACAGAGCCUCCCAGGUUGCAGGAACAUUCUGAGUAUGACCCCAGCAGGAGCAGGUCCAGCUCUCUACCUAGAGAAAGCAGCAUCACUGCUCCAGAGACCCAACCUGUGGACGAAUCUGACCCAUCCCAGGAAAGGACCACUCCAGCUCAGGAAGAACAAACCCACCCCACCACGGAGAGUCACCAGGAGAGCACAGCAGACUGGAGGCACAACGAGGCCAGCCCAGUGGCAACCAGGUCUAACUUCACCUCAACUGAGAGUUCUCUUGGUGUGUAUGAGACCCAGCAUCCCAUGCCAGGCUACAUGGACCACCACACCUCAGCUCCCAGCCACAGGAUCCCAUCCUAUGUGGACAGCCAAGCAUUCAGCACCAGAAGACCUGCCCCAGGUUAUGAAGGCAGAGUUCAUGAUGGGAGAAGCAGCCCCAGGAGCAGCAGAUACGACCCUGCCCGUGGCCACUAUGACUUCAGCCCCACAGCCACACGCCACGACUCCCUUCCCAGAGACACCACCAUGUCCUUUGGCCAGAGAAGCCACAGGGUGCCGUUCUACAUGGACAGCUUAAACUGUAACAGCAGCAGGCUUCUCUCAAGCUCAAGUGAGAGGAUUUGUGGUCCAGCUGCCACCUUGCAGCACAGCAACCCGCUUGACUCCAGCACUGCCGGAAGAGGAGUCCUCUUUGUGAAGCAGUACCUGAACAGCAGCGGCUCCUCGGCCUCCCCACGCUAUGGCAGCCUCGUGGAUUUGACCGAUGUGGAGAGAUCAGCCUACAGCCACCACAGCUACCUGUCCAGUGCUCCCCUGCAAAGGUCCAGUGACCCUCUCUGCACCUACUGCAGCCGUGAGAUCCGGGACUGUCCCAAGAUCAUCAUAGAGCAUCUGAACAUCUACUGCCACGAGUACUGCUUCAGGUGUGGGAUUUGCCACAAAGCAAUGGGAGAUCUCCUGGAUAAAAUAUUCAUCCACCGGGACAUUGUCCACUGUGACAAGUGCUAUGAGAAACUCUUCUAGGGUUUUGCAGAGCUGGAGGAGGGCAGCCAGCAGGAAGCCCUCAGCAGCACAUCUCGGGAUAUAUCCAGCAGCUCCUGACUGCCUAAGCCAGCAGUAUUCCUGCUCCCCCUAUCUUCUUCCCUCAAGUUCUUUUCCCCCUCACUGCCUCAUCAUGCUGAGGGAGUUGAAGAUCCACUGGUUUGUGCUGUCAGCUGCAGACAAGUGCCAACGCUAACAGGAUGCGGCAGCAGCAUCUCCAGAGAGCAGGGGCCUGGUUCUCCAAAGGUGCUGAGCCCCUUCUCCACUUCCAUGAAGAUUCCAGAGUGCUGGAAGCCAGGCAUAGCUCCUUAGCUCUGACCUAAUUCCUAGAAACCUUUUUUUGGCCUAUUUUCCCCCUUUCCUUUCAUUUCUGCAGCUUAGUGUGUGUGAGUUGGCACAAAGCAACCAGACCUGAGCAGCUUUCAACCCUAAAUUUGGAAUCUUAGGGAGAGUUUGAGUUUAGUUCUAAGCAAAAGCCUAUUUCUGCUUCUCUCACCCCAAAAAUUCUGCCCAAAAAUAGCUUCUGCCUGAUGUCCUCUGGCUUUCAGAAGCACUUGGUGCUGUGUCAGCUCUCAUUUCCCUUUCCUGCCUGGUGGCUUCUGCAGCAGCCUGUGUGGCCAUGGUCUGGUUGGGGAGAUAAGGCUCUCUUCCAGUCAGGACUUUGUCCUGGCCUCUGGUGGUGGUGUCUCCUGGCAGUACAAAGAGUGCCAGAGAGUGAGCAUCUCCAUUUUCUCUCCUGAUGAGGAGCAUUGCUUGACUGAAAGCUGAAUUCCACUCCACUUCUCACCAAGCCCUGCCCUGACUCCUCUCUUACCUCCCUAAAUUAUUCACAUCGCAAAUGCUCCCUCACAAAACUGAACCUCCAGCAGAUGCUGGACUUGCUAAAAGCCAGAAUCACUUAAUUUUAGCCCUUGCUAAAAGUCAGAAUCGUUUUACUUUGGCCCUUAAUUCAGCCACUGCAAAAGCAGAACACCAAAACCUGGAAAUCAGCUGCCCUUGCCUUCAAAGCCCAGCUGUGGUUGUGCCCAGAGUUUGUAUUUUGUCUCUGGAGCACCCAGGAGCUCCAACAUAGAAACAGGUGAUGGCAGAUGCUCAAAUGAAGGCUGUUGGUGGCCCCAGAAUUGUUCCUGUGCUUGCUGGUGGAAUUUAGCAUGCAUGGAAGAGCUUCACGAGUUGGUGUUCUGCAGCACAAGUCCACUUAGCUCUUUUUUAGGUCGCUGUAGCAGUUAUUUCACCCAGCUAUAGGCAUGACCUCAGAAGCAACUCCAGUUGAAACUAGUAACUGACAUGCUUCAGCUUGAGACCUUCAAGCCAUGUCCAUGACAGGAGAUUGGGCAGCUUCAUGCUGAGUGUGUGUGGUACAACCACGAAGAGCAGCAACUCCCUGAAAACCCAACACAGAGGUUGGCUUCUGGUUGUGGCUGCCUGCAUUUUAUCACCUCUGCAGGGUGGGAGCUGGAAGGGACCUCUGGAGAUCAUCCAGUCCAACCCCCUGCUUUAGCAGGGGCACCCAGAGCAGCUUGCCCAGCAUCACAAUGUCCAGCUGGAUUUGGAAGCUCUCCAGAGAAGGAGUCUCCGCAACCUCUCUGGGCAGCCUGCUCCAGGGCUCUGGCACUUCCACACCUAAGAAGUUUCUCUUCCUGUUCAGAUGGAACCUUCAGGGUUCCAGUUUGUCCAUUGUCCCUUUUCCUGUCCCUGGGCACCCCAGAGAAGCAUCUGGCUAUUUCUAAGUUAACAAGACAUUGAAGAGAUGUUACUUUCUGAACAGCAGAGGGUCACAAAGCAUCUCCUCUUGGUUCUGAGACCCACGGCCAGUAUUUCCUCCCUGGUACCAGUGCUGUUGGGGAGGAGAGACUGGUACAGCAUUCGUGCCACAUCUCCUUGCACCAAAAGCUUGAAUCUCGUAGUUCAAAGCCCUGAAGCUAGAGGAAGAUGAUCCCCAGAGCGUAUUCACCAAGUUCAGUCCUUUCUGCUGGGUAUGUGGCCUCAAGGGGUGACAGGAUUUGUCCCUGUAUGGCUUGCACCGUUGCCUCAGCACCAUGCUUCCCUGUAGAGCUCUAAUAAACACUCUUGGCUCACCUACA